AUGGGCCCCAAAGAGUACUUAGGCAAAGAAGCAGCAGAGAUCAACAUGCUUCUGGAGAGUCCACAGAGAAUAUGGAAGGCAGUGUUAUGGAGUCUGCAGAGGGUCUGGAACUUGGGUGUCUGCAGAAUCCAGACUGCAGAGAAGGUGGAAACCAGAGAAAACUCCCAGAGCAGAGUUGGUAAGACCCACUGGGGGAAGAGCGGGGAGGCUGCCCAGACGGACAGUGAGGAUGACAGCUGCUCACGGGGUCUUAACAGUAGACUUUCACCACCUGAGGUUGGGAGUGAGUCAUCUCGGAGGCCAAGCCCGGCGCCGGGCUUGCAAGAAACCACGAUCAGGGCGCUCCCGCCCUUAAGGAGCUGCAACUCCAGACCCCAGGGACAAAUACCUGAACCAGAGAAUAUAGGACGGCGGCCAGUGGAUGUUCGAAGGAGGCCCGGGGCCCCCCCGCCCGCCCCCCGAGUGAGGCUGAGCUCGCGGGCGCGGCGCGGCGGCAGGGGGCGCUCCAGGCCCGGGCCCGGGCGCGGCGGAGGCCCCUUCCCGCGGCUCCGGCUCCGCCGCCUCCUGCCCGCUCGCAAACGCCGUCGCAGCGGCGCCCGGGCCCGCGGGCCCACCCCCGGGGCCCAUCCGCGUAGCCGGCAGGUGGCGGCGGGGAGCGAGGCGGCCCGGGCCGCGCGAGUGGGCGGCGGUGGGCGGCGGGGCGGGCCCGGGGAGCCCUGCGGGCCUGGGUGCCCCUCGGGCCCGGGGGCGGCGGGGGCGGCGGGGGCGGCCCGAGGGCGCGGUCGGCCUUCGCGCACACUCGUGUGCCCCGGGCCAGCGCCGCCGUCGCGGACAGGGCUCCUCGGGGCUGCGCGUGCCCGCGGGCGCGGGAGGGGCCCCAGACCCCGCCAGCCAGGUGGGGGCCCUCGGCCACGGGCCCCCGCAGGCCUCAGGCCGCCCCCGCCCCGCCUCCGGGGAUCAGGCAGGCUCCCCGCGUCCCGCGGCGCCUCUCGCAUCCUCGCCGGCCGCCGCCCUGUCGCCCGAGAGACCGAGGGACCGAGGGACCGGGACCAGCGCGCCUCGGCUGCGCGGCUCCCGCAGGCGGGGUCCCCGAGCGCUAGGCGGCCGCCCAGGCGGGACCCCCCGUGUCCCUGUGCCUGGCUCCAGGGACUUCGAGGAGGCGGCGGCCUGACAGCCUCUGCCACCCGGGGACACGCGCGGCACGGCGGGCGGGGGGGGCACGGGGGGGCACGGGGGGCAGAGAGGGCACGGGGGGCAGCGCCGCGGUGCCUGCGGACGGAGCCGCUGAGGACGUGGGAGCGAGCGGCGGCCCCGCUCCCGCCUGCGCCCCGGGCCCCCGGGCCCCGCUUCCCCGCCUGGGGCCCCGCGAUCCUAGGAUCUCAGGAUCUCUCCGCGGCUCUUGGGGCGCGAGCGGGAGCGGCGAGCACGGGCUGGCCACGCGGGGGCGCUGCGGCAGCAGGAGCGCGAGGGGGGCCGGGGCGCCGCGGGGGCUGGCGCUCGGGAAAACGCGGAUCCGCGUGCGGCCCGCAGGACGACCCCCGCCCCCCCGCCCCCCCCCGCGGGAAACCCCGCCGGCCCCCCGCGACGCCCCCGCGGGAAGAGCCCAGGUCCCUGCCAGCCCCGCGCGGACCCCAGCCCCAGCCACAGCAGACGCCGGGUCGUGGGCCCCGGGGUCAAGGGCGGCUGGGGCGACAGGCAGGGGCCACCCUCUUCCAGGCAGACCCCCCCCCCAGCGGGAGUCUCCGGGGACUCCCCAGCGUGUCCCUUAGCCCCGAAGCCACCAGGUGGCCACCAGGCCAGCCCCGUCCGUUCACAGCUUCCCACCGGCACCUUCCGGGCCGAGCCGAGCCGCGGAGCUGCGGCGUCAGCCCUGCCGGCCUGGGUGGCCGCGGACCCCAAGGGGAGCCCACGUCCGCCGUGGAGGCCGCAGGUGUGACCCGCCCCCGGGCGCCCUCCCGCCGCCGCGGUCAACGCCUGUGCUGA